GACAGAAACUCUGCAACACCUAGAAGGUUUAUAGAUUUCUAGCAGACAUUCAGUAAGAACACAGGAGCAGAAACAAGGAACUGGUGCAGACAUCAGCAAAAAUGUCUUGUAAUGUUGCCGACACGUACAUAUUCCUGUGUAGUGAACAGGCUGUAUGGGGAAUCGUACUGGAAACUUUGGCGGCUGCAGGGGUUGUAUUCACCAUUGUCCUCAUGUUAGCACUUAUCAUUAUGGUUCCUCGUAUCUGUGACAAUGCCAAGCGGGCACUGGUUCCCAUUCAAUUCAUUUUCCUCUUGGGUACAUUUGGAAUAUUUGGCCUUACAUUUGCCUUCAUCAUAAAACUGAACCGAAGUACUUGUCCAACGCGUUUCUUCCUGUUUGGAGUCCUAUUUGCCAUUUGUUUUUCUUGUCUUCUGGUUCAUGCCAGCAAGCUAGUGAGACUGGUUCGUGGUGGAGUGGGUAUGUCUUGGUGGAUGAUGCUAAUCACUGUUCUUAUUCUUUCACUUGUGCAAAUUAUAAUAGCUAUUUUGUACGUAGCAGUCUACCUGGGAAGAAAUAUGGACCAGUGUGAUCUGCCUAACCCAAAUCUUCCAGAGCGUAACAGAGACUUUGUGCUCAUACUGAUAUAUGUUUUGCUGCUAAUGGCUAUAACCUUUCUAGUGUCAAUGAUCGGUAUGUGUGGACCAUGCAAACACUGGAAGAGACAUAGUGCCCAUAUUUAUGUAACAAUGUUUUUCUCGAUUGCCAUUUGGGUGGUUUGGAUUGUUAUGCUGCUUAGAGGAAAUGCAUCUCUAAAUAAACAACCUCUGUGGGAUGAUCCUGUGAUAGCCAUCGCUUUAGUAGCCAAUGGUUGGGUUUUCCUUAUUCUGUACAUGCUUCCAGAACUUUGUUUAAUGACAAGAGGCAGUUCAGACUGUGGUCAAGAAAAAUGCCAAACCCAACCACGUCUUCUUCGGCAAAACAUUGGAGUAGACAACCGUGUUUUCACUAAAGAAGAUUCAAUCCAAGCCCCAUGCUCUGGGAGGAGUUCCCCAUCAUCUAUGCCACGGUUUGAUGCAACUAUAGCAAUGAGAGACAUUGAACCGUCAAAGGAGUUCAGUAUACCUCGUCCUCAGCCACGACCAAAUGCAUAUAUGCAUUACCGAACUCAUGACAUUAGUCUCAUGUAAACCACACAGGAGUUAUUUUUCCUCCGGGAUCAGCAUGAAGAAACAAGCAGUGUAAUAAAAUAACAAACCACUUUAUUCCCGUUUAAUGACCAGAAGCUAGAUAUACUGUAUAUUAUUUGGCUUUGUAUGGAUGAGAAGUAAUGGCAUUAGGCUAAUGUUACACAGGGCUACUAAUUGCUAUCAUUUACAGCAGCAUCUAGCUUUAUUCCCUGCCUGUCCUUCCCAUUAUUGUCCAUAGGGACCUGCAAUGCUCAUAUGAAAGAAGCUCAGAUCAACCUAUAGAAUUGAUAUUUUCAUCUUCUUUAGCUACAAUGCUCUGGGUUCUUGCAGUCCUGUGUGACAAUAUGUGAUUAGAGAUGGAGUGAGGGCCAGUUUGUUGACACCUGCAUCAUACAGUAAAUAUGAUUAGAUGAAAAACAAAGGCGGCCAUCAUUCGGUCCACUGCGACUUGCCUCACUCAUCGGUGGAUGCAAGCUGAAAUGAGCAAUGUUAAGCCAUAUUACAGCACUUUAACUGCAUUUAAAUGUAGGAGAGAUGUGUCAAACCUUGGAGAGAUAAAGUACCAACCAAUAAAGCUCCUAACUGUCAUUUUUCAAACACACAGCCUGUAAAAGGCCAGCUAGACACUGAUUGUUUAGUACUUUAUCUUUCUCUGAAGUUUCAUACAUCUCCCUCUGUGUGCCAUAACUUGCACUUAACAAAUGGCCGACAAAGAAUUAAUUUGUUGGUAGAGAAAAGUAUAACAAUUAUUUGAAUUCAUUCUGUGAGGUACUGACAAUAAUUAGCAUGAAGAUUAAGUAAUAUAUGCUUGGCAUAUUAUCAUUUUAAAAAGAUUGUUAUAAAUUGCAGCCUUUUUCUUGAAGUUUUGUCUUAGGGCCAUUGGCAUAGCCAUCAUAGCCGCAGGGAGUGCAGCUGCUAUGGGACCCAGAACAGAGUGGGGCCUACCUCUCCCUGUCACAGUUACAUGUUUCACAUACAUUUUUCACCAUUGGGCAAUAUAUAGAGGCCCUUACAAACUUUUGUUUUGGGGCCUACAGUAUGUCUAGUUAUGCCCCUGGAUCUGCGCAUUGUAAUGUGGUAUAAAAUGAACUAAAGCGCAUUAUAUUUUGACCUCAUAUGAAGUGGAGGCACUAUAGUGUGGCAUAAUAUGAACUGGGGACACUGUAUGUCAUAAUGUGAAUUUGGAAUACUGUAUUGCGUAAUAUGUACUAGCAGACCUACAAUGUGACAUAAUAUGAACUAGGGCACUACUAUGGUUCAUAAAAUAAACUAGGGCACUAUCAUAGGACAUAAAAUAAACUAGGGCACUACUAUGGGGCAUAAAAUAAACUAGAGCACUAGUAUAGGGCAUAAAAUAAACUACAGCACUACUAUGGGGCAUAAAAAAACUAGAGCACUACUAUGGGGCAUAAAAUAAACUAGAGCACUACUAUGGGGCAUAAAAUAAACUAGAGCACUACUAUGGGGCAUAAAAAUAGCAACUGCGUGGAUAGGUGUCUCUCUAGAAGCAUUGAAACGGGACGCUUCAAAAUGUUUCAAAUCUGCCCACAAAGUUCUAGCUAUGUCCCUGCAUAGGACAUUAUAUUCCUUUCUAAAUAACAGUUCUUAAUCUGUUUUAUCACAUUUAGUUCAGUUACAUUGUAUUCUGUAUGUUGGUAGGUAUACUCAGUUUUCAUAAUACGUUUUUAUGAAACAACUCCUCUCUACAGGUAAAGUAAUUGCACUUCCAAUGAAACACACAGAUUUGAUAUUAGGUGACAAGAUACCUGUCUGUAAGUUAUUUUCAGUAGAGGAAGAUACUUCAGGAUAUACAUUACUAUUUAGGCUUUGCUGAUUUUUUUACCUGUAUAUAGGACUGCUAUAAUAUUACUGUUUAAAGAUUGUGAAAUCCUCCCAAGUGCUACAUUUAGGUGUUCUAGUAGUAACAUCAGAUAAUCCCUGUUCACAACCCGAUGCUCCUUUCCAAAGGAGAUGGCGUAGAUUCUCGCAGGCAAAGCUCCAACACCACAUCCAGUAACUAAAGCUUACUUCCUUCUUUCACUUCCCUAUUGUAUCAAAAAUAAAGCAAGAAAGCUGCUAGAAAGCUAAAACAAUGGAUUUACUAAAAAAGACAAUAAAUUCAAUGUACGAGGUGACAAUUGUACACACACUUUAUAACUAAAAUAUUUUAUGAGCACAGUAUUCUAAAUAUAAAUCCACCAUAAAAACUAGAAGUUGGUGAAUGAACAGUUUGCUGCAGAACACACAAACACAUAGGGGCAUAUUCAAUUUCACUGACAUUUUUUUGUGGACCACACUAUUAAAUAAAUAAAAAAACAUUUUCAAAGUUUUUUUGCGGACAAGAACCUGAGGGAGGGGAUU